CGCUUUGGCAUCAAGCUUGCCGGUCCCCACCAGGACUUCUCCUAUAGGUGCCGCGUGCCACGAUCUAUACACAAACAUGAUUUGUCUGAUUGUUGCUGUCUGGGCCUGGAACAAUUUUAAUUAAUGGGAAAAUGGUCCUCAAAACAGUGAUUAGACCUCUUCAGGUACAACAAGAUAAAAGCCUGAUAAUUUGGAUGGAGUACUCUUCUUAAAUGUCUAUUCUGUGCCUGGCAGCCAAUGGGAGAGCCAGGCUUUCCCCCACCUGAUCCGAGGAGUAAUUAAGAGAGGGCUUUUUCUUCCUACCUCUCCCCGCCCUCCCCUCCCCACUGGAGCUUAACAGGUUGGUGGUAUAAUUUGGAGACUUUAAGGGGUGUCAUGCUAGGGGCUUAGGCAAGGGCCCGGCAUCUUCUCUCCAGCUCCCCAGACACUGCGCAGCUGGGUUUGAAAAGCAGGCAAGUGAGGGGAGGAAGGAGGUGGUAGCAGGCGAGAGAGGUGACGCUUCCCAGCCAAGUUUGAGAGGGGCCUGUGGCCAUGAGCGAGCUGGGCAGCCAGAAGAGCAGCGAUGGCACCGUGUCUCGCCUCCUCAACGUGGUGGAAAGUGAGCUACAGGCCGGGAGGGAGAAAGGUGACCCUACGGAGAAGCAGCUUCAGGUCGUCCUGGAGGACGCCCCUCUCUGGCAGAGAUUCAAGGAAGUCACUAACGAGAUGAUCGUGACCAAGAAUGGCAGACGGAUGUUCCCUGUCCUCAAGAUCAGUGUCACGGGGCUGGACCCCAAUGCCAUGUACUCCCUCCUGCUGGACUUUGUCCCCACGGACAGUCACCGCUGGAAGUAUGUCAACGGGGAGUGGGUGCCCGCGGGCAAGCCGGAGGUCUCCAGCCACAGCUGCGUCUACAUCCACCCAGACUCCCCCAACUUCGGGGCCCACUGGAUGAAAGCUCCCAUCUCCUUCAGCAAAGUCAAGCUCACCAACAGGCUCAACGGAGGCGGGCAGAUCAUGCUGAAUUCUCUGCACAAGUACGAGCCGCAGGUGCACAUCGUGCGGGUCGGGGGCGCGCAUCGGAUGGUGGCGAACUGCUCCUUCCCCGAGACCCAGUUCAUCGCCGUGACGGCCUAUCAGAACGAGGAGAUAACAGCUCUCAAAAUCAAGUACAACCCUUUUGCCAAAGCCUUCUUGGAUGCCAAGGAAAGGAGUCACCUCAGAGAUGCUCCCGAAGCUGUGUCCGAGAGCCAGCGCGUGGCCUGCUCUCACUUGGGAGGCUGGAUCUUUUCCAACCCGGAUGGAGUGUGCGCAGCAGGAACUGCCAAUUACCAGUAUGCUGCCCCCUUGCCUCUGUCUGCGCCGCACGCGCACCACGGCUGUGAGCACUACCCUGGCCUCCGGGGGCACCGGCAGGCUCCCUACCCUUCGGCCUACGUGCAUAGAAACCAUUCUCCCUCAGUGAACUUGAUGGAAAGCUCGAGCAGCAACCUGCCGGUGUUCUCCGGAGCGGACAGCUGGACCUCCUUGUCCUCCACGCCGCACACCAGCAUCCUGUCCGUCCCGCACACCAGCGGCCCGCUCAACCCAGGGCCUAGCCCCUACCCGUGCCUGUGGACCAUCAGCAACGGCAGUGGGGGUCCUGGCGGGCCUGGCCCAGAUGUGCACGCCAGCUCCCCGGGGACAUUUCUUCUGGGGAGCCCAGCUGUGACUUCGCCCCUCUCCGCCCAGGCACCCAGUUCAGCGGGUGCCGAGGCUCUGGGGGAGCCCUCGCUGACCAGCAUCGCCGUGUCCACCUGGACAGCUGUGGCCUCACAUCCCUUCUCAGGCUGGGGUGGCCCGGGGGGUGGGGGGCGCCAUUCUCCCUCCUCGCUGGAUGGGUAGGCCGGAUCCUGGAGGGGUCAGCGGAGAGCCUUGUCUGUAUAGAGCAUUUAGAAGCCCCACCUCUGUGUCCAGUGAGUUAGACAGCCGCGUCUCCCCACCCAGUGAGUGCAGGGUGCAGGGGUUCCGGGAGGUGGUUUAGCUUGGUGAUGCUCCCUGUUUCUUGUCCUACAGCCGUCUUCUCAGCAGCCCGUCAGUGACAUGCUCACGUAACUGGGGUUCUCAGGGCACCUCCUUUGGUCCUGCUGCUUACUUUCAGAUGAUUCUAGAAGGCCUCACUUCCUGCUUGCUGUUACGUGGAGGUGGUGCGAAGCUCUUCGGUGAGCUCCACCUCUCCCUGCACUGCGCCUUCCUGGCCUCGGGCAGCCCUGGGAAGUCUCUGCGGCCCCGGGGUUGCUGCUCGGAGACCAAGAGAGGGUGCAGGCCCUGGAGCGAAGUUCCCGAGAAGAGAGGCCAUCGUGUGUUACAGCAGUGCGCCUGGAGUUUAGGAAGUGAGGUCAUGUCCUUCCCUUGCUCAGAAACCUUCCGUGGCUCACCAUUGCCCACAGAACGAAGUCCUACCCUGACUAGGAGGACCCCCACCCCCGACCUCCUGGCCUCAGCCCGCGCUCCCAGCUUCAGUUCCCUUCAUCACCCCAGGAGCGGCCGACAUGUCAGCGGACCCUCCCACCUCUCUGCCUUCCCCGUGCCUGAGACGUCCUUCUCUGGUCAGCCCCGUCCUUGUGAAUCCUGCCCAUCCCCCAGGACUGACCGGAGGCCCCGUCAAACCCCCAAUGUGCCUCGGCACACGUGACCUUGCCCAGCUGCCUGCCUUCCCAUGGGUCCUGCCUCUGUUCUGGAGCUUGCCCCAUCCGGCGGUGUUUUUGUUUGCCUGUGAGUGUGUCUCUCUCCCACUAGACUGUGAGCCCUUGAGGGUGAGGGCUAGCCUUCUGUCUUUGUACCCCGCAGCACCUGGAACUGUGCCUUGUCCCUAGUAGGUGCCCAAUAAACUGAGUGCAGUUGG